AUGAAAGAUGAAAUGGUUGCUUUACAGGCAAACCAUACUUGGGAUCUCGUGCCUCAUACACCAAACAUGCAUGUGAUCGGGAGCCGCUGGGUCUUCAAAACUAAACUCAAAGGAGAUGGGCAGAUUGAACGGCUCAAAACGGGUCUCGUAGCACAAGGAUAUAACCAGGUUCAAGGUCUGGACUUCUUGGAAACCUUCUCACAAGUGACUGGGUGGGCUGUCCAGAUACACGCCGAUCUACUUCAGGAUACUGCACAUUUCUUGGUCCAAAUUGUAUAUCCUGGAGCUGUAAGAAAUAACCAACUGUUGCUCGCUCAUCCUGUGAAGCUGAAUACUGGGCCCUCGCCAGAGCUGCUGCUCAAAUUAAAUGGCUUACCUUCAUUUUACAAGAUCUCGGCGUCUACCUCUCCAAAGCUCCAAUUCUAUUGA